UCCUCAAGUUUUUUUCUGUCUCAAUUGGGUCAUAUUUUUUGUAAAAGUGAGCACAUUGUACCAUAACCGUUAAGUGAUGUGAGACGGCGUUAAAUUGGUGUGAGCUGGUGCACAGAGAAUGUGGUGAUGUGUUUAGGGUUUCUUACGUGGACUGUUUUGUUUAAAAAAAUAGUGCUGAUGUGGCAUAAGUACCCUUUAUUCAUAUUAGGUAUAUCAGAAUUAGGGAUUUGAAAUUGGAAUUGGGGAUUUAAUUUGGUUGUUGCGAGACGAAGCGGAGGACGAACAAGAACUCGAAUCUUGAACAAGACGAAGAGGCCAGCUAAUAGUUGACGCGACUAAGGUUAUAAAAGGAAGUUGUUGAUAUGGAUGAGGAACGUAUUAAGGUGGUGGUCCACCAUUCUGGAAAUUUUGUGAGUGAUGAUAAUGGGAACUUAAGCUUUGAAGGAGAGAGAGCAGAAUGGUCUUGUGAUCCAGACUUGUUUAGCUAUUUUGGCAUAGUAGCGUCAGUCAAAGAAUUAGGUCAUAUGGACAUCAAAGAGUUAUGGUACGGUUUAGGAGGUCAGUCUGUGCACCCAGAUAGGUUAGAAUUAUUAACUGAUGAUAGGGGUGCCAUGCACAUGUUGAACAUUGCUAGGUUAAAUGAUGAAGUUCAUCUGUAUGUGGUUCAUAAUAUGAUGGAACCAGAAAUAGUAGAAAUGAUUGAUUGGGUUGGUGGUCAAGUUGAUGAUGAAGGUGAUGUUGCAAGACAAGUGGAGGAGGUUGAGGUUGAGGUUGUUCGUGAUGGUCAACUUGGAACAGAAAUGGUGGAGGGUGAGGGGGAUACCCAUGAGGGUGAUGUUGAGGUCCAUACUGAAGUUGGAACAGAAAUGGUGGAGGGUGAGGGGGAUGCCCAGGAUGGUGAUGGUUUGGAUCAUACUGCAGUAGGAAGAAAAAUGGUUGAGGGUGAGGAUGAUGCCCAUGAGGGUGAAGGUGAUGGGUAUGAGGGUGAUGGUGAGGAUCAUAGUGAUGUUGGUAAAAAAAUGGUUGAGGGUGAUGGUCAGGAUCAUAGUGAUGGUGGUACAAAAAUGGGUGAGGGUGAGGGUGAUGGUGAGGAUCAUAGUGAUGCCCAUGAGGGUGAAGGUGAUGGGUAUGAGGGUGAAGGUGAGGAUCAUAGUGAUGCCUAUGAGGGUGAUGGUGAGGAUGUUGAGAUCCAUCAUGUAGAGGAAGCUGAGGUACAUGAUGUAGAUGAUUUUGAGCUAGAGGAUUAUGAAGAGGAUGAUGUAGAAGACAGUGAGGGUGAUGCACAUCAGGCAGAGUCUGAGGACGAAGAUGUAGAUAGAAGUGAAGGCAUUCUAAUUGAUGUCAGCGUGCAUUGUGACAUUGGGUCUUCUAAAGGAAAUGUGGGAGAACAAGCUUCCAGUGCCUUACUUGAGUCUGAACGGUCAACAGAUAAUGAAUUUAUUCAUGAUAUGUGUGGGUUGUCUGACAAUGAGUGGUUAUCAGAGGAGUUGUUUAGUGGAUCAGAUAGUGAGGACAAUCAUGUGAGGACUAAGAUAAGGUUUCCCACUUUUAGUAUGCCUAAAACUUUGGUGGAUUAUAAAUGGGAAGUAGGAACCUAUUUUGCUGAGAAAAAUGAAUUCACAGAUGCCAUAAGGACUUAUGCACUAAGUAAUGGGAGAAGUUUAAAAUUUAUUAAGAAUGACAAGAAAAGGAUUUCUGUCAAGUGCUUGGGUGGAAGAGGAAAUUGUAAAUGGUAUGCAUAUUGUUCCUUUAGGACUGAUGUCAGUGCAUGGCAACUGAGAAAAGUGUUUGAUAACCACAACUGUAGUAGAGAUUUCAAUGUUAAGUUGAUGACUUCAAAGUGGUUGAGUCAAGGGAUGGAGAAAACUGUGAGAGAAAAUCCUACAAUGAAGGUCAUGGACAUUAGGGACAAAGUUACUAGGAAAUGGAAUGUAGGAAUUUCAAGAAAUAUGGCGUUUAGGGCAAGAGCAAUGGCAAGAGAUAAGGUUGAAGGAUCAUUCAAAGAUCAAUAUAGAAGACUUCACGAUUAUGGUCAUGAGCUGCUGAAAACAAAUCCAGGAACAACAGUACAAAUUAAAGUUGAUAACAGUAAUGGUGAGGUCAUAUUCCAAAGAUUUUAUGCAUGCUUGAAGGCAUGCAAGGAUAGCUUCAUUUGUUGUAGACCUAUUAUUGGCUUGGAUGGAUGCUUUCUGAAAAGCAAGUAUGGAGGGGAGUUACUAACAGCAGUGGGAAGAGAUGGAAACGACCAAAUGAUGCCCAUAGCAUAUGCUAUUGUUGAGGUAGAGAACAAAGACUCAUGGACUUGGUUCUUGGAGCACCUUAUUGAGGACCUUGGUGGGGCAGCUGUAUGUGCAGGAUGCACAUUUAUUUCAGACCAACAAAAGGGUCUUUUGCCAGCAAUCCAGGAUCUUCUACCUGGUGUAGAACAAAGAUUUUGUGUUAGGCAUUUAUAUUCAAACUUCAGAAAAAAAUUUCCUGGAAAAAACCUUAAACGUCUGAUGUGGCGGGCAGCAACAGCAACACACCCACAACAAUGGGAGACUGAAAUGAGGAAUAUUAGAGACAUAAAUUUAGACGCAUUUAAAUAUCUGCUUGCCAUCCCACCUAGGUUUUGGUCAAGAUCUAGAUUCACCUCUAGAUCACAAUGUGACACUCUUGUGAACAACAUGUGUGAGGGCUUUAAUAGUGUGCUAGUUGAUAGUAGGUCUAAGCCUAUUAUUAGCAUGUUAGAAGACAUAAGGGUUUACAUAAUGAAGAGAUGGGCUGCCAACAGGACAAAGAUCACAUCAUAUCAAGGUUCAAUCUGCCCCAAGGUUUUUAACAGAUUUCAGAAGGAGUCCUGGUUAACUAGAUAUUGGUUACCAAGAAAAUGGGCAAUUACUGGCAUUCCGUGUACUCAUGCCAUCACUGCAAUGAAAUUUUUGAAUAUAAAUGCAGAAGAAUACAUUGGCCACUGGUUUAGGAAGUCUACUUAUGAAGAGACUUACAACACAAUAAUUAACCCUAUCAAUGGACAACAUGUCUGGGAUGUUACACCCUAUGCAGAUAUAUUACCACCAAAGAAGAGGACAAUGCCAGGAAGGCCCAAGAAGAAACGAAGACUAGAGGAGUGGGAGUUGAAGAAGAAUAACAGUGAAUUAAGAAAGGGUGGGCAGAGGAAAACAUGUGCCAUCUGCAAAGAACUUGGACACAACAGAAAAGGCUGUCCACAAAGACCUCCAACAGUAGAGGUUCCUACAGCCCAAUCUUCUCAAGUCACCCAACCUCCAGCAACUAUGCCUUUAUCUGAUGAAUGAUGUGAUCAAUGAUCUAAUGUACUGAACACAGUCUGUACUGAUCCUAAAUUUAUAUU